CUUGCUUUUGUAGUUGUCUUCUGAAAGCUAUAUAAGAGGACAUUCACCAUCUCCAGAGAAAGAGAGACAGAAAAUAAUUUCCAAGUUGAAUACGGAUCGAGUAUUUAGCAUUAAUGGAUCUUUCCUGCAGUACUAGCUCUUCUUCCUUGUUGGUUUCUCUUUUGGUGGUGCUUCUACUCGCUGGCUCAUCUUCUCAAAGCCCCAGUGUGAAAAAACCAAGUGAUUUGGUUUCAAAAAUCUGCCUGCGAACUGCCAACCGCGAUCUGUGCCUAAAGAUUUUCGAGGCCGAUCCUCGUUCGGCAACCGCAGACAUUAAAGGCCUCGUACUGAUUGCAAUCGACGCGCUUGAAGCCUCGGCUAACCAGACCCUCGAUACUCUUGGCUCUCUAGUCAAUAGCACACCGGCUAGCCCUCUCAAAGAUCGAUUUCAGACAUGUGUAGGAAACUACAAUGCAGUCAUUUCCAACCUCGAGACGGCAAAGAAAGUUUUACUGUCCCCCAACUAUAAAUCUGCAUUCACUCCUGCUGACAAUGCACAGAAGAACAUCCAGAGUUGUCAAACUAUUUUCCUGUUAUCACCAGAGCUGACCAUACCGGCAGAACUCAAUGAUUUGGCUCAUAAGUCACUAGACCUUGCCCGUAUCGCUGGAAUUAUUUUACUGGAUUUUCUUGUGUAAACGUAAGUUGAAUCAUCAUUUUCUACAUGUAGACCCUCGCUUUGCGGCUGCGCAAUGAAUAAAAGGAUCUAAAAGAUGAGCUAUAAAAUUAAUUUUUCAAUGUC